AUGCUUUUGCCAGUGUCCCCCCACACGUGUGGCACCGAGCAAGACUACGAGACGGCGUUGUACACUGCACGGCAGUGGGAAUCGUACGGCAUCGAAGCAGAAAUUGUAGAGUACUACACACUGCUGAGUUACCCGGUGCACCGUCGUCUGGCAAUUGUAUCGCCGGAAAAGAAUAUUCAAGUGCUUAACCUAACUGAGGGAUCAGUUAUCAACGACUCAUGCACGACAGACCCGACAGCGUUGUCGCCGUUCCUGGCCUACUCAGCGACUGGAAAUGUGACGGCGUCCGUUGUGUACGCCAACUUCGGUACACAACAGGAUUUCGAGUGGCUCGCAAGCCACAAUGUCACUCUAAAGGGAAAAAUCGCCCUAGUACGUUAUGGAGCUAACAUGCGUGGUCUCAAGGUGAUGGCGGCUGAGAAGUACGGCAUGGCGGGUGUACUGAUCUACUCAGACCCGAACGAAGAUGGCUUCACACGAGGCCCUGUGUAUCCUGAAGGCUCUUACCGUCCCGAGAAUUCCUUUCAACGUGGCUCCGUCAACUACAUUCCUCUCUACUCUGGAGACCCCAUGACUCCUGGUUAG